GACUGCGUUAGUCAUCUCGUUGACUCGUUCAUUCUUUUUCUUGUUCACUUUUGAGACGAGAAUGCCGGUAAAGGUAGAUUAUUAUAAUUAAUUAUGAUUAUUUAGUGUUAUUAGAAUGUAUAUUCGAUCCGAAGAUGUCCAGCUAAGUUAUGAAACACAUCAGAUUAGCUCUCGAAAGCGAUUUUCCAUUCGUUUCGCAUUCGUGCUGAAUUUCUGAGCAAGUUGGACGUGUAUUAUUAUUUACGAAAGCUUCGUAGUGAACUGAAAUGUCUGCGACAGAAGAUUCAUCCAGAACUGACGAAACCCAAUCUUCGAAAUGCGAAGACAAUGAAACACUCUUGAACCAGAAAAAACGCUCUAAUACAUCGAAGAAAUCCCGCCAAAAAAAUCGCCGCAAAACACCGGACUCGAAGCAUCUCAGUGAUGAUACUGGUAAUGUUCUACCGAAGUGUACGAAUCCGGCGAAUAAUCUCGAAGCUGAGCUAAACACCGAUGUGAAUGUUACGAGUGAAUCCGGUGAACGUAAUACUGAUGAGAAUUUAAUCGAUAGUGAAGUUGCAGAGAAUACUUCGAGUUCUAGAUUUGGUUGUUUCGGUAACAUGUUCAGAUAUCUGAAAAGGAAAAUAUUCUGGAAACGAACGCCGCAGUCUCCUCAAACGAAACGUGCCAGAUUAAACGAUGAUAAAACCGAAGCGAACGACUCGUCUGUUACGACUCAAUCAUCGACUCAGAUCAACAACGAUUCUGUAGCCAUCGUUACUGAUACGCCUGUAGUCGAUGUCGUCUCCGAACAACAACAACAGUUCGUUAGUCACGAAGAUCGUACGUCUGCGCAAUCAAACGACGAAGAAAAACUCGAUACUUGUGAUCUAGUCGACGAAAUUCAACGAGCUCAAAAACGUAAUCGUAAGAAAAAGAAGAAGAAGAAAUCGCAGAAUAAGUUGGAAAUAGACACCGACGAUAUCGAAAAACCCGAAGAGAUACGAAAUAACGUAAAAUUGAAGAAGUAUUGGUUGAAUCGUUACAGAUUAUUUUCUAGAUACGACGAAGGAAUCAAAUUAGACGCUGAAAGUUGGUAUUCGGUGACGCCGGAAAAAAUAAGCAUAGAGAUAGCUCGUCGUUGCCAAUGCGACGUUAUAAUCGACGCAUUUUGUGGAGCAGGAGGAAACACAAUUCAAUUCGCGUUCGUUUGCGAAAGAGUUAUCGCUAUCGACAUAGAUCCGGAGAAAAUCAAACUAGCGAAGCAUAACGCUGAAAUUUACGGAGUUGCUGAAAGAAUAGAAUUCAUCGUAGGAGAUUUCUUCGAAUUGGCCGAAUCUUUGUACGCCGAUGUGGUGUUUUUGUCUCCUCCUUGGGGUGGACCUUCUUACAACGCUGUUCGUGAGUUUUCACUCAGUCAGGUUAUGGAACCGUACGGCGGAGAGCGUUUGUACGCGGUUGCUAAACGAAUUAGCGAACAUAUCGCUUAUUUUUUACCGAGAAAUAUUAAUAUACCGGAGGUGACUGCGCUGGAACCCGAAGAGUAUGUUAAAAUUGACCGGAACUAUCUUGAUAAUAGGUUGAUCGCGAUUACAGCGUAUUUUGGUGACUUGGUCGAGGAUUACGGUGACGAAUGGAAUGAUUGAGGUGUUUCGCAGUUGCUGAUUUUACGUUCGGUUUUGUAUUUAUCAGAAUCAACUUUCAACGAGUCGACGAUACUGUACAGGUAUUAUUGUUGUAAUUUGAACGAUGAUAAUUUUUUUUUCACUGUCGUACUACUUAAGAGUGAAUCAACUCGUGGAAAUGUGAUAAUUAUUACUCGAGUAGUCUACCUUAAGGAAGUUGAAUAUUUUUAAGAAUAUGGCUUACGAGAUUGUUUUAUUGUUGCAUUAUUAGUUGGGGUUUUUCCCUCUUUUUUUUUUGAGUCAUUUUUAAUCAGAGGAGUUAUGAUUUUAUUGAUAUCGUUUCACCAUACGAAUGCUUACCUAUUCAUAUUUUUAUCCUUUAUGAUUUUUUGUGAUAUUUUUUAUACAUUUUUCUAAGGGUAUGAAUUUAAUUUUUUUUACAAAUAAAUGUUUUCAAUUCCA